AUGCCAGGGCUAUGGAGGCAGAGGCUUCCUUCGGCAUGGGCUUUGCUCCUUCUGCCGUUCUUGCGAAUGCUGAUGCCCGCAGCCCCCGCACCCCACCGCGGGUCCUACAAGCCAGUGAUCCUGGUGCACGGGCUCUUUGACAGUUCAUACAGCUUCCGCCACCUGCUGGACUGUAUCAAUGAGACACACCCUGGGACUGUGGUGACAGUGCUAGGUCUCUUUGAUGGCAGAGAGAGCUUGCGGCCCUUGUGGGAACAGGUGCAAGGGUUCCGAGAGGCUGUGGCCCCCAUCAUGGAAAAGGCCCCUGAAGGGGUGCAUCUCAUCUGCUACUCCAAGGGGGGCCUGGUGUGCCGAGCUUUGCUGUGCGUCAUGGAUGAGCACAAUGUGGAUUCUUUCAUCUCCCUCUCUUCCCCACAGAUGGGACAGUAUGGAGACACAGACUAUCUCAAGUGGCUGUUCCCUACAUCCAUGCGGUUUAACCUCUAUCAGGUCUGCUAUAGUCCUUGGGGCCAAGAAUUUUCCAUCUGCAACUACUGGCAUGAUCCUCACCAUGACGACUUGUACCUCAAUGCCAGCAGCUUCCUGGCCCUCAUCAAUGGGGAGAAAGACCAUCCCAACGCCACUGUGUGGCGGAAGAACUUUCUCUGAGUGGGCCGCCUGGUGCUGACUGGGGGUCCUGAUGAUGGAGUCAUCACUCCCUGGCAAUCUAGCUUCUUUGGUUUCUAUGACGCCAAUGAGACGGUCUUGGACAUGGAGAAGCAGCCGGUUUAUCUGCGAGACUCCUUUGGGUUGAAGUCUCUCUUGGCCCGGGGGACCAUAGUGAGGUGUCCGGUGGCUGGGACCUCUCAUACCACCUGGCACUCCAAUCGCACGCUCUAUGAUAAUUGCGUUGAACCAUGGCUCUCCUGAAGAUGUCCUCAGGAAUUCCCCAGCCCAGAGACCAAGUGGUGGCCUUGGGAAGCAGAUGCCAGGCUCUGGCACGCC